UUCAGGUAGUGAGGAGAGAACAGAUUUUGCGAUCUGGUCAUUAUUGUAGUUUGUAGUCUGACAGCGCUAGAGGCCGUGUGAGCAUCUAUUCUGAUGUUUUCAUUUUGAGUAAAACAGUAUGCGAAGGAUUGCUUACAUAUAUUUAUUAUAAAAAUCAAAUGGCUUCUGUGGAAGAAAAAUUCAAGGCUGCCGUCGAAAUUAUAAAGGGUCUUCCAAAAUCAGGCAGCAUACAGCCUUCUAAUGAUACGAAGUUGAAGUUUUACUCUUACUUCAAGCAAGCGACUGAGGGACCUUGUGAAUUGCCCAAGCCAGGUUUCUGGGAUGUGGUCAACCGAGCAAAAUGGGACGCAUGGAGUAAAUUGGGGAACAUGUCCAAAGAAGAAGCAAUGCAAAAUUAUGUACAAGAAUUUGUAGGGGUCUUGCAAAAGUAUUCUUUGGAUGAUAUAGAUGAUCCCAGUGAAAUAUACAAUUAUUCUAAUUUAAUGGGACCAUACAUAGAAUAUGCACCUAAGCAAGUGCAAGAAACUUACAAACAGAUGAAUGGCAAGUUGCCAUUGAAUAACAACUCGGAAGAUCAUAUGGAAGCCAAUCAUUCUUCUGACUAUGCAAAUUCAUCUAAUGAUUACAAGCCUGAAAUUUCAAAUGACUCAGGUAUUUAUCGCACUCCUGUUAAUGGUCACAAUUUAAAUGGUAAUAAUGAUAGUGACAGUGAUGAAUUUUCUGAUACUCUUGACAGAGUAAAUGAGGAUGAUGAACAAGAGGUUCCUCUGUCGCAUGUUAAUUCUGAGUCUGAAAAUAAUCCUCUUACUAACAAAGGCCCUAAUAUUGUGACUACCCGUGGUGGUGGAGAUCACAGUGUUGGUGGUAAAGAAGGAGGAUCUCCUGCUGGUGGUCCCUCAGGCAGCAGAGGGGACAGAAUUGCUCGCCAACCCAGAAGUUCCGAUUAUCCUCUUCCCUCUGGAUCAAGUAAUAGACUCUUAGGAGGUGCAGGGGGAAGCAGGCGUGGUGGUGAUGAAAUGUUUUCAGAAAUCUCCCUAGAAAUAGGCGAGACAUUGACUAGAGCUGUAAUACAAUUACAACAGUCAAUGGAACAGGUUGCAGUUCGUUUAGAUUCACUAGAAGCACUGCUUAAGAGAUCCAAUAUUCAACCACAGGUCCCUGUCAGAAGUUCUUCUAAAUGGUCUGUCUUUGGCAUCUCUCCAAAAUUAGCUAUCAUCAUUAUAGCUUGGCCUUUUAUCGCUCAGUGGAUAAUGUAUUUGAUUAGGAGACGACAGAGAUAUUAUCUUCGCUGAAACCCAUUUUUAAAAUUUCCUUUUGAUUGUAAUGCUCUAUUUUCUUAUACAUAGUCUUAAGAAGUCUCAUUGAAGACCAAAAAUUAUAUCUAGACUUGUAUGAAUGCAUUAUUACUUUCCCUGUACUUACUUUUAAAAUGUUUUAUUUUUGUGGAUCAUACAAUUAUUGACAAGAUCAAAUUUUAUGUCAAAAUAUGUUUUUAUUUCACAGUGUUUCUCUAAAAAGAAUCCUAAUGAGCAAUUUAUGUGGCCAUGUAAAACACUGGUUUGAUGUUAAUGAAAUAUCUCAUUAUAUGAAGUUUAUAAUACAACAUUUACUCUAUUGGUACAAUACUUACUUUUCAUAAACAUUUUGUCAUUUCUUAAGAAUAUUCUUUUAAAGGUGGAAGAAGUCGUUUUGAAUUAAAUUCUGAGAUUCUUUCUAUUAUAAUUCUUUUGUGUGUGUUCAUGAUGUUUUUAAUUUUGUACUUUUUAAAAGUAGAAAGUGUAUUUUUUUUUUUAAAUUCAUUCUUUGACAUGUAAUUGUGAAAUUGUCACAGUGGAAUCAAAAUUUUAUGAAUAGGAAGAUUUUUUAGUUAAUUAAAAAUUUGUUUAAUUCAAUUCAUAACAUCUGUGUCAGUUUAUCAGGAAAUAAAUACAUACAUUAAAAUUAAAUUUCAAUCUGAAAACAAUCUGAAUAUUGUAUCUAAAAAAGUAAUCUGGUAAUUAAAUUUCAGUAUUUUAACUAACAUUCUUGAUUUCCAUUUAAAAAUGAGUUUUCAGGGCAUUAUUUAAAUUUUCAUUGGAUGCAAGCAUUAAAAUUGUGGAUGUUUAAUAAAGUUCAGUGUCAACAUUAGCUACAGUUUUCUAUUAAUAUGGUCAUUUUAAAACCAAAAUAGUUUCAGGAUUUCAAAAUGUGGAGGUUGAAACUGCAAGUUGUUUUGAAUUCUAUAUGAUAAAUAAACAAUAAAAUAAUAAAAUAAUAAUUUGAUAGAAGAAAGAGAAAAUAAAAACCAUCAGCAUUUUCAUCAAUUUAUAAUAUCAUAUAAUAUUUAACAUGUUUUUAAGAUACCAUUUUUUGAAAAUUUCAGUUUUUGAUUUAUUUCUAUUUUUAAAUUCAAUUUUUAUUUUUCUAAAUGCUUACAAGGAACAUUAUCUUUUAAGUUAGAUUUUCCAUUAUGCGGGUCCUUCUGAAUUUAAAAUCAUGGUUACUGAAAUGGAAUCAAAAGAAAUAUUAGUCUGCUAUAAGAGAUCACAUAAUUUACACCCUUUCAUCUAUCAAGAAUUAAUUUCCUCUUAAAAUUAAUUGGUUUAAUUCUAUCUUUAAAAAUCUUAAUAAAAAUUUGUAAUUAUUACAUUGUUGCUAUUUUAGAAAAUUUGGUAUUAAUUUGUACCUAUAUUAUAAUUUAUUUUUUAAUAAUCAGUGUAUAUUCAGUCAGUGAAAGCAUCUAAAGUAAUAUUUUAAAAAAUCUAAAGAAGUAUUGAAUAUAUUAAAAUUAAACACCAAAUAAAAUUUUGAGAGAUAUUUGUGGGAAAUUAUUUGUUUAAAUAUAAAUUACCACACUCUAUUUUCUUUUGUCUUAUUUAUUAUUAUAUUACUUUUGCUCUUCAUUUUUGAAUGCAAUGGGACCAUUAAUGACUUUUUCCCUUGUAUGUGUUUUUUAUUGUUAACACAUUCAAUUGAUACAAAAAGUCAAUAACUAAAUUAAAAUGGUAAUUAUAAUUGUUAUUAAUAUUUUAUUAUAAUACUGCAGUUUGUUUUUAAACAAUCUUUAGUCUACAAUGAUUCUCAUUACAUUUUAUUUGCAUCAUGUUUUUGUUAAUGAUUCAGUAUUUCACCAUAGCAAAAAAUCAACUGUGAAUUAUUUUUGACCUAUGAAAAGAUUCUCCAGUUGUCAUCACAUAAAUGUCUUCACAGUUAUUAUUUGUUUAUUUAAUAUUUUCGAGAUAUUGUUGUCUUGCGUCUAUUAUUUUAAAAUAUUUUAGAAUUUACUGAUACUUACUGAACACUCUUUGUGCCUACUGCUUUAUUUAAAUGCUGUCAAUUAUUGAAGGCACCCAGUUUAUAUACUUAGAUCAGAGAUGGGCUUGAAUGCACCUGUUUCAGUCCACUGCACCAAUAAUCUUGUUUUUGAGCAAAUUUGUUUGAGUAUUAAAAAGACUGAAAUUGCAUUAAAGAUGAAUGAAAAAGGAUCAAGCUUUGAAAUAUUAAAAAUGUCUUUGAAAUGUGACAAUAGCCAAAAGGUUUGGGAGAGAAGUCGUGUUAGACUAAGUGAUUUUGGAGGGUGGAGGAUUUAGUUUUAAACAUUUUACAUUUAAUAAAUUAAUGAAAUUCAAUUGUACCUUUUUUGCUAAAGUUCAAAAUCACUAACUUAUAAUUAUCUAAAAAUUUUGAUAGAAUUGAAUAACACAAGUAUUGAUAGUUUUUUCUAAACUGUUUAUUUGUGCCAGUUACCAGUUUUAUAUGAUAAAAAUUGAACAUGUUUUAUGUGAUUGCAAUGCAAAUUGACCUUUCUCUUAUAAUGAUUUUCAAUUCCUAUAGUCAUAUUGCAUCUUUUCAAUUAUUAUGGUGCAAGUUGAUAAAUUCAAAAAACUCAGGAAUUAAUUUUUUGUUGACAUUUUACCUUAAUAAGUUUUAAAAUGUAAUGUCAAUUUUUAAAAAAAGGCUUAUAAGCUUUUUAUUUUGAAGUGUGUUCCUUGAUUUUAUUGAAUAAAUGUGCUUAAAUUGUAGAUGUUUGGAGUUAGUGUGAAUCCAAAAAUCCAUUCCUAAUAUUCAUUUCUGAGAAAAUAAGUCUAUAACUGUUCUUGCUAUCUAGUGCCUAUAAAAUGGACUUCAAUCAUUUAUUGAAAAAUAUAUUUAUAAUAUUUUUUCUCUAGUGUGAAUAAUGUUAAUGGAAGAUGAACAAAAGCAGAUUAAAAUUUUGUUCACUUUAAUUUUAAAUAAUCCAUUUCGUCUUCACUAACUUGAAAAUAGGAGCUUUAAUUAUUCAAAGUUUCCAGGUGAAUAGCAGUUUUCACAAAGUUAGCAAUAAUCUGAAAGCAAUAAUUAUCUCUAUUAUUAAUUGUUAUUCAUGAAUAAAAAUUAUAAAACAUGUUAAAAUAAACAUUAUUUUAUUAUGUUUAUUUUAACAUAAUAUAUUUUAUUAACAAUAAUAACCCUAAGCCAUAAUCAUCUUCUAUCUGCUCAUCAUUUAGAGUAUGCUUUCUGUUGAUGAAUACGAAGCAUUUCUUGUAUCAAAUGAUGACUGUUAUAUUGUAUCUUAUUUUCAUUGUACUAAAUUUUUGAAUUAUUUUGAAUAGAAAAUAACACACACAUAGAUAAAUUUAUGUAUAUAGAUAGCUAAGUAAUUUUUUUUAUUGAGGAAAUCAGACGUUGAUACUAUUAUUACAGAACUUAAUGCAAUUUAUUUUGAUUAAUAGAAGAAUUGAGAUGUUUGGUAGCUAUAUUGAAGCUUAAGAUAUUUUUUUAUUCCAAAUCGAACAAGAAAUUACUGUGUUAUUUUAUAUAAAUCUUAAUCCAUUUUUAAGGUUGCUGUUUGCUUAUAAAAAAAUAAUUCUUUAUUUAAUUUCUUGCAAGAGUAUGUUAAAUUGUUAAACAGAAUAUUAACAAAAAUUAUAUUUUUAAAUCGAUGAAAUGAAUUCAGGCUUUAAUAGUUCAUUGCAAAUUUGUAUAAUAAGCCAAUGUGCAAUUAAAACAGAAAACAAGUGCUUUAAUUAUUCAAAUAUUUCCUUAUGUUUUUCAUUCAAAUGCUUUCUCCUCCUCCAUUCAUUAGACAGUUGUGAAACAUGUGGAAAUGAUAAAUGUUUUAUGCUGAUAUUUUUAUGAGAUUCUAGUGUGAGAAUAUAAAGAAAGAAAAAAUACUAUCUGAACUUUUUUAUUGAUCUCAUCAUUAUGUUUCUUGAUUAUUUAAUCAGGUAAUGAUUUUUUUUAAUAAUCCUUUUGGAUUCAUUCUGUAUUAAUUUAGUACAUGAAAUUAUUUUUUUAUACUUGGGAAAAGUAAAUUUAUGUUGUAUGUUGUGCAUAUCUUUGGUAUGAGGAUGUCUGAUGUCAUGUAAAAAUGUAAUAUAUGUAUAUUUUUAUGUAUAUUAUGAAUAAAAUCCUCUUCUUGUUGA